AUGCCUCCUCUCUACAUAGGACAUGUCGAGGAGUUUGCUUCAGCCUUGUUUACAACUGUACACCACCACUUUGACAGGCCUGCUAAGGACAACCAGCAAGCUGACCACUCUGUCCAAGUCGAACAAAGAGUCGAAGCCGACCAGCAAGCUGACCACCCUGUCCAAGUCGAACACACAGUCGAAGCCAACCAGCAAGCUGACCACCCUUUCCAAGUCGAACACACAGUCGAAGCCGAGCAAGAUGACUACACUGUCGCGGCCGAGCAACAAACUCUCCACCCUAUCGAAGCCGAGCAAGUUGAGUGCACUGUCGAGGCUGAACAACAAGCUGCCCACAUUGUCGAUGAGUGUGAUGGUAAAGGAUUGCGCCUGCGGUUCAUCGACUUGCAUCUUCAACAUAUGGAGUUUCUCGAAACUCAGAUGAGAUCCAUGAUACCAUAG